UAAAUGACAGUAGCUGAUGAUGCUGUUGUUUUGUUUAGGUUUGUCGCGAAAAAAUUACAAAUCCAGUUUUAAUUUUUGUUAAAACUUUACUCAUUCCUCAUUGUUACAAAAAUAACGAAACAAUGGUCAAUCGUCCCGUGGUUACCGGACUUUCACCCAAGGAGGGUCCGCCCGGAACACGGGUCACUAUCCGUGGAGAAUUUCUCGGUUCCAAAGCGAGCGAUUUAGUCGGUCUCAUGAUCUGCGGCUGCGAUUGUCUGCUGUCGGCUGAGUGGAAAUCCGACCAGAAAAUCAUCGCCCGAACGGGCGCAGCCAAGGGAAAGGGGGACAUCAUCGUUACCACUCGGAACGGAGGCGUGGGAACGUCCACGGUACAGUUCCGUGCCUACUACGAGACGAUUGGUCCAAUGAAAGAAUCGGCCGUUUGGAUCGAAGAAUCACCGAUGCAGUCGCUUGCUUGGGGCCGAAGAUCCCUGGCUCCAACGGGCUACAUUCAAGAGGACCCGUUGGGUCUCUCGAUCGAGGGGAACGACAAAAAGUUUCCGGAAGAUUUGCGGGAUAUUUUUCCGGACGGAUCAGGUGAUUUGUCGCAGGAGAAUUUUCUUCCCGGCUGGUUUCUAUUGGAGAACCAUCACGCCACUUCAUUUGACGAUUUGAAGGCCGGUCUGUCCUAUUUGCGUCGCCGGGUCGAAAGCCAAAAGGAGGGGCAGUUGUCUUUUUUGAAAUCUAAUGCCGGAUCGGUUAUCGACCAGCUGGAUACACUGAUGGCGCUGCGGGAUCGCGUUACUCAGGAUGCGAAACUGCACGGGAAGGAUCAGGUGAAGGAUCUGGAGCUGGCGAUUAAAAAUUCUAUCGGAGCUUCCCACGAACUGUUCAAGGAUGUUUUGGCCCGGAAGGAAAAGGCGGAUGCAACUAGGGCUGCCCUGUCGGCAUUGUCCCGGCACAAGUUUUUGUUUUGUCUGCCUAAUUCGGUGGAGAAAAGUGCCGCGCGGAAUGAAUUCGAUAUUGUGGUUAAUGAUUAUGCCAGGGUGAAGAAUCUGUUCGGAAAAACAGAGGUUCCCAUUUUCAGAAAAGUGUUGGAAGAGGUUGACCUUAAGAUUCUGGGGAUUCGGCAACAGUUGCACGGUAAAAUCAGGGAGAUGCCGCAGGGUGUGGAACAGCAAAAGAAGCUGAUCAAAGCUCUUAUCAGUCUGGAAGCGCAACAGGCAGGUACGGUUGGCGCUAGCAAGUUUUCGGUUGAGGAUCCCGCCUGGGACGCCAUUGAGUCACGCGUCAAAUAUCUGGAGGAAACUUUUUUGAAAACCUACGAUCAAUUCACCACCAAGGAGGCAUCGCCCGGUGAAUCGAAAUCGCGUGCGGAUCCGAGUGUUACUCCGAAUCGAGUGCAGUUCUGCGAAGAGAUGACUGAAAUAGCAGCCAGUCAGUUUCCAGAUCUCUGGCGUCUCGGCCAAGCUUAUUUCACCGGGGAACUUCGAGCUGCCGGGCAACCGAAACCAGGAAACUUCAAGCGCAUGAUUCUCACCGUCAUUGAACAGUUCUGUUCGUAUCUGAAGGCGGCUCUGCUUCCGACCAACAACCAACGUUCGCUGCUGGCUGGCAGUAUGAAGGGAUUGCCUACCUGGCCACCGACCAGCCCGUCUCUGAACUAUCUCAUCACUUGGAUUCCGCACUGUCUGCGCUACGUCCGAGUUUCCUAUGCAACACUUAUUCGAUUGGAUUUGCCCAACGAAGCGUUGGAUAUCGUGUCGAAAUUUAUCGACGAACUGCGGCUCUACUGUUUGUCUACCAUUCUGAAGAAGGCCAACGAAAAGGUGAAAAAAUUGCACGAGAAGGAAACCUGGGAACUCACGGUCCCGGAGUUUGCCGGUGCGACUGGAUUGCCCUCCAAACUGGAGGAAAUACUUUCCGAAGCAAUCGAGGAUGCGCAAGCUAUUUGCCUAACACCAGAAGUACGUGAGGCAUCUCUAUUGGAACCACAAUCGGACGGCCAACGGGAAAUGUCGAAGCGCAUCCAGGAAAUGUUAUCCACUUUCUGUGGGGUCAUUGAAACUCUGGCCCUGCAGCGCUCGGACGAGGAUCCGCAACAGGCGCCGAUGCUAUCUCAACUGAUUGGUUUCCCUGCGGCGUUGCUACAGCAGCAUAUUACUGGUGAUAAGAGCUGGGGUUCCAGCAUUACCUGGGAGCACCGUUUGCUGUGCUGUCUAUCCAACUGUAUCUACUGCAACAAGGUCUUCUUUCCCAAACUUGGCGCGCUGUUCACUAAACACAGCUAUCCCGUUCCAACGAUCGCAAUCGAGAAUUCUCGUUCCACCGUCAACGUCCUGUUUAGUAGCUUGCUGGACAUGUACGUCGAACACAAAAGCGACCCACUAGUAGGAACAAUCGAACCGUCCAUGUACAUUGGGCGCUUCCAGUGGGAUCAGGUGUCUGCAUCGGAAAAGCUUAGUCCAUAUGCCCACGAGUGCUGUGACAAUCUAGUCUCGGUAUACUCGGAAAUAUUCUCGAUCUCACCGGUACUGCUGCGGCCGGUGCUGGAACCGAUUGUACAAACCGUAGCCGAAGAACUAGCUCGGCUGAUGAGUUGCGUGCAGAAGUUCAACGUAAACGGAGCACUGCAGGCCAAGGUUGACAUUCACGUGAUUCGGGAUGCCGUUCGAGUGUAUAGCAACGAUACAGCAAAAUCAUUCUUUGCAGAAGCACUAGAAGCUAUCCCACAGGUUAGUGAUAGCGAAGAACGGAUUCUUGAAACAGUGAAGCAAAUCAAGAACAACAUGCGCCUUCAGUUGAUGUGUCUCCAGGUCGUGGAUCCUUGACAUGAUGCGGUCAAUUUCAGGAUGUUCAGCAUUAAUAAAAUAGGACCUAAAUGAAUGACUCCGUACUACUCAAAUGUUGGCUGGUAAUCCGUAACAUCGGCGCACGGUUCUAAUGAUAAUCGAACGAAUACAUGAUUAAUUAACAUAACUAUUAAAUAACAAUAGAGUCGAUUUGACUUCGUCUCGUCAGUAGCUGGCAGACCGACGUGGUCGACGUCAUUAAAUCAAAACGAAAACAAUACUUGUAUUCAAAAGUAAAUAAAUCGUCACGGAUAAUGA